UGCACUUUUGGAUGUCAGUGUUGCGAAAGUGUUUCGGUUCUGACAACACAGGUUCCAAACGCGCUUGAUUGUUUUGUGCAUGUAUGAAUUUCUAGUGAACCUUCACAAGAUCCAGUCCAAACCUCCAGGAUGUACACCGCCGGUCUCAAUCCGUUUUACGCCUCAAAUUUCAGCCUUUGGUCUGCGUACUGCGCAGGAGGCUUCGCGGUGGACACCAGCAAGAAACCGUCGUUUUGCAUCGCGGAACUCCUCCGAGCCGGUGAUGCAGAGAACAUGCCGGGCUCCUCGGCCCUCAUGGUGCACGUGGGCCAGCACCGCGCGUCCUCCGGCGGCUCCCCGCUGCGUCCCUCUACAGGCGGACCGGGGGAGGCUCGCGCGUCUGUGUACGGGGCAAGGGCAAGCCCCGCGUCUCCGUACCACAGGCAAGGACUACAACUUACCUCGGUGCCUAGAGGAGCUCUCAACAGCUCGCAGGCCCCUCCGCCUUCAAGCAAAGACCUCAAAUUUGGAAUUGAUCGGAUAUUGUCCACGGAUUUUGACGCAAAGGGGAAGGACAAGUUGAGAGAUCUCACAUCCAUCGUUAGCUCCAACCGUCAGUCAGGCGUCCACAUCCCUCUUCAGCCUGCCGCUGGCCAGUACUUCUCCUCCAUAGAACCUGGGAUGAGCGAGGCUUCCGCCAUGAUGAGUUCACUGGGCAGCGGCGGCAGACAAUCAGGCCAACAUCAGUUUCAAGACACUUUCCCAGGCCCGUACGCCGUCCUCACCAAAGACACAAUGCCGCAGACAUACAAGAGGAAACGCUCCUGGUCCAGGGCGGUCUUCUCCAACCUGCAAAGAAAAGGCCUGGAGAAGCGGUUUGAGAUCCAGAAAUACGUCACCAAGCCUGACAGAAAACAACUGGCUGCCAUGCUCGGAUUGACAGACGCGCAGGUGAAAGUGUGGUUCCAGAAUCGACGCAUGAAGUGGCGACACUCUAAAGAGGCCCAGGCCCAGAAAGACAAGGACAAAGAGCAGCCGGACGGGGACGGGACGCCGGAGUCCGGAAGGGACCCCAAAGAGACAGCCGAGUCCGAGUGCGAGAGCGACGUUGAGCGUAGCGAAUGCGAAUGCGAGUCCGACGACGCUCCGGAGGGAGACAAGAGCGACGCGAUGCACAAUGUGGACCUUUGUGAGCGCAACAAAACCAGCGUAAUCAUCAAUGCCGGCGUGGAGGCGGCUCACUCGGACUCGGGUUCUUCUUCGUCGGCGUCCCCCCAGCUUCUAAUAUGAAGGGUCGGUUCGGUUCGGGUCGACUUCGAUCUGCAUCCAUUCAACUGGAGCGGAGUGAUUCAAUCCAUGACGGACACAAUAAAGCAAGCUUCCCCUGAAAGACGUUUUUAUUUCAUUCUACUUGAGCAUGCAUGAUGCUUUCCGCAGAGGGUUGCAAACAAAUCAAAUAUGUCGUAAAUUGUACAAGCACUAUUUUCUUUCACCUUGUGUCAGUGAAAUCUCGGAACGCACACACACGCCUGUGUACAUGUCUUCUUGCGUGUCAUGCUAUAUUGUUAAUAUAAUUUGCACUGAAAAUAUUGUAAAUAAAAUGCUUUUUUCUCUGUCUCCAA